AAUAUGGCGGUGCUUCCGGUCCCGCCGCCCUCAGCGAAGAUGGCGGCAGUGGAGAAGCGGCGGCAGGCCAUAGCCCCGGCGGCUAGUUUCACAGACAGCAGCCGGCCGUCAGUGUCCCGGGCGGCGGCAACGGCCGAGAGCGAGGAGGACUUCCUGCGGCAGGUCGGCGUGACAAAGAUGCUGCGUGCGGCCCUGUUGAAGGUGCUGGAGGCACGGCCCGAGGAGCCCAUCUCCUUCCUGGCGCACUACUUCGAGAACAUGGGCCUGAGUAGUCCUGCAAACGGCGGCGCCGGGGAUCCCCCGGGCCAGCUCCUGCUGCAGCAGCAGCGCCUGGGCCGCGCGCUGUGGCACCUUCGCCUGGCUCACCACUCUCAGAGGACAGCCUUCAACAACAAUGUUGGUGUUGCCUAUGAGUGCCUGAGCGCCAGUGGGCGUAAGAAGAAGCCGGGGCUGGAUGGGCGUACCUACAGUGAGCUGCUCAAGCGCAUCUGCCGAGAUGGGGAAGCGCCCGAGGAGGUAGUGGCACCCCUGCUGCGCAAGAUCCAGUGCCGGGACCACGAGGCUGUACCACUGGAUGUCUUCCGCACUGGCAUGCUCACCUGCUUCGUGCUGCUGGAGUUUGUGGCACGGGCUGGUGCCCUCUACCAGCUGCUGGAGGACCCAACCCUGGCUGUUGCUGACCGACGCAUGGGCCAGGCAGUGCUGGACACCCUGGAGGGGGCCCUGCAGGCCAGCAGCGGUGCCACUGCUCCCACCCACUACCUGGAGGCCGGCUCACGCCUGGGGCCUGACAGCCUGGCGCUGGCCAUGGACCGUGCCCUGGUGGCUCGGCGGCCCAGCUCCCCCAUGACCAGAGAGGAGUUCCUAGAGAAGGCUGCUGCCCUCUUCAUUGCUAAGGUCAAGCCAGUGGGCUGAGCCCCUCCUCACACCUCACCUGCCUCCUCCACCCAGACAGCUGGGGAUGCUUUGAGGCCUGGCUCACCUGCCCCUGGGCAGAACAUGGGUCUGCAACCAGGAUUGGAGUUUCUGCAUGCAGGAGGAGGUGUGGGAAGCCCUCACCCAGCUUCAGAUCUGGAAUGAUACUCCAUCCCCUUCAGUGGGAGGCCAAAGGUCCCGGAAGUCGACACCCCCCCACACACCUGUAAAGGCCCCUCUCAGCAGUAAUAAAAGUCUGUGCCUGAGGCAGAA